AUGAGCUGUGAAAAUCAAGAGGGGAGUCUGCUGAAGGAAAUGAACAGCCAACAAAAAAUAUUUCUGAAAAAUGUCAAGAAAGACUCAAACACCACAGGUCUGAGCUGGUGGCUCGGAGCAGGUCUGCAAAGGGACAACACAGAAAUCAGAGAGGGGGCCGUGAUGAGCGACUCUUGCACGUACCUGGAGCUGAAUCCACUGCAGCUCGGCACUACAGCCAACUGUACUGAGGAACGCGGCUUCCUCUGCACUCAUAGGAUUUUCUAUGCAUCUGAGCAGACGAGUGAGAUAAUACCAGAAUUAAAGAAAGCAGCUCAGGCUUUGACUUCGCCUAUUCACAACCACACUGUGUCUCGCAUCCUCAACGCCACCACCGCGCUCCUCAAGCUGUCACUGACCAGAUGUAACGUCCACACUGUAACCAACCCCACUCAAUUGUUUGAGGACGUCUUUGAGAUCUUCAGAAUUGUUUCUCUUAAAAUUGGUGCUGAUUCACCCAACCUAUUUGUGAUAACUCACCCAGAUGGAAAUCUUUAUCAGAAAAAUUUUGAUGCGAACGACAUUGGCACAGCGACUCUGGGGUCUAAGGAGGAUGGGGAAUAUGUGGUGAUGCCCUCAAAAGAAGCACUCAGCCCAUUUUUCAAGGGCCGAAAAGAUGUUAUCGCUCAGGUGACGACUUUCAGGACAAAUCCACAUCCCACCGACGAAGUGAUAAAUGGACACGUUUUUAGCUUGAUCUUUUUGCCUCGCCCCAAUGCCACAGCUGUGAACAGUACAGUGUUACUGGAGGAGAAUCGUAAAGCAGUGACUUCCUUCAACAUCACAGAUACGGCUGUGACAGUUUUUCUGACCAUCGAGCCCAAUGUCAAUGUGUCUCUGCGUCUGCUCCUUCAGCACGGCUCACCUCCAAACAGCAGCUUUAAUGGCACCCAAGUCAUCUUCAACCCUCAAGUGGGCUACCGCUGGAUGAUAACCCCCAGCAUGAGGGAGGGGCUUUCUGGGACAUGGUACGUUGAUGCGCGGUUACACAACUCCACGUGGGUCCCAGACUUGUAUCUGAGUAUUACAUCACACAUGACCAAGUGCAUGUACUGGGACACAAAAGCUGAGAAGUGGACCACUAGUGGCUGUGAGGUGGGUCCAAAGAGCAUCCCUGAGAGCACACAGUGCCUCUGUAACCACUUGACUCUGUUUGGGAGCUCCUUCUUUGUGAUGCCCAAUUACGUGGACCUAUCCCGCACUGUCGAGCUGUUCGCCACUGCCAAAGAUAACUAUGUGGUUUUGGCCUUAGUCUGUGCUUUCUUUGGCUUCUACUUCAUGACACUGAUGUGGGCUUGCUACGCUGACCGCAAAGCUUUAUCUAAGAGGAAAAUUACCCUUUUAGAAGACAACCAUCCUGGAGCUCAAUACAACUACCUGGUCUGUGUCUACACCGGUCAUCGGAAAAACGCUGGGACAACUGCAAAUGUGAUGGGGAAGCUGAUUGGCUCAGAGGGAGAAAGUGACACCCAUAACCUCACCGACCCAGACAAACCCGUUUUUGAGCGCGGGUCAGUGGACAUGUUUCUGCUGGCCACUCCGUAUCCUCUGGGAGAACUGAAGAACCUGCGAUUACAACACGACAACUCAGGAGGGCGGCCAUCUUGGUACAUAAACCGAGUGAUCAUUCAAGACCUCCAAACCAAGAAUGUGUUUCACUUUUUCUGCGACUGCUGGUUGAGCGCUGACAAAGGAGACGGAAUGACAAAGAAAACAUUCAACGCAGCAAAGAACAAUGAGGUCGCCAGUUUCAGAAAUAUCUUCACGAACCGGACGUCGAAUGGCUUCAGGGAUGAGCACAUUUGGGUGUCUGUGUGGGAUCCCCCCUCACGGAGCCCCUUCACUCGGGCACAGAGGAUCUCCUGCUGCAUGUCCCUGCUCCUCUGCACCAUGGCCAUCAACAUCGCCUUCUGGAACCUCCCUGUCAACGAAGACUCACCUGUUGUCCUGUCUAUAGGUUUUCUUGAGCUCACCUGGCAGGAAAUCAUGGUGGGCAUCCAGAGCGGCCUCCUCAUGUUCCCCAUAAACAUCUUGAUCAUCACCAUUUUCCGCAGCAUCAAACCUCGGAUCGUCCAGAAAAAAGAGAUCGACGAGGAAAUCGUGAAACCCCCUCCUGUUUCCAUACCAACCGUUCUAAAGGAAAUGGAAGAGAUGAUUAUGAUGGUGAGCCAAAGUCCAAGAAAUAAGAUGUCCCAGUCCAAUCAUCUGGAGUCCAGCGCCGAUCUCAGCCCGGCCUUGGACAAUGUGCAUGAAUUCAUUCAGCUUAUGCAAGGUGAGACUGCGAGCGACUCGCACUGGGUGUACUGCAGUAAGUUCCUUCUGUGUUGCCUCAGUCACCUGCUGCAGUGUCUGGAGAAACUGGACGUCAGAAGCUUCGCCUCCCCAGACGAGUAUCAGAACCUGCUCAACACGACCAACCUCCUGGUCAGAAAGGCGGAGAUGGUCUUCACCAGCCACCUGGCCUACUGUCCGCCUCCAGCCAAAGUGGUGAAGAAGAAACAUGCUUCGUCGUGCUGGCUGCCCUGGUGGUGCGUGUUCAUCGGCUGGUUCUUGCUGUUCACCAUCAGCGGGAUCUCCACUUACUUCACGCUCAUCUAUGGUUUUCAGUACGGCAAAGAGAAGUCCACAAAAUGGGUCAUGUCCUUGGGCCUUUCGCUGUUUCAAAGCAUCUUUAUCCUACAGCCGCUAAAGGUGGUCGGCUUCGCUGUGUUCUUUGCUCUGCUGCUGAAACCUGUUGCUAUGGAGGACACUGAAGAAGUCGAGCAAGUGCUGCUAUCACAACAGGACAAGUGCAGACGCUACACGGGCCGGGACAUUUGAAGAGUCACACUGCUGUCUGCUUUUUAGACAUCUUUUUGCACUUAUGGGUAACACUUUAAAAUGGCUGCACACUUUAAACCAAAAUUAUUCAUGCCUUGGCUGGAUUUGAAUGGCUUCUUAGUUAAUUCUUCUGUUCUUCUGAAAGAGGUUGGGUGAUGUGGCAGAAAGAACUACUAUUUUCUUACUUUCAAGAGCAAAUUAAAGCUUCUGUAUCUGCGUCUGAGAUGUGGAAAUUUACCUGUGACUCAGAGCGAGGUCCUGCAGCAGAAGUGGAUGUGUUUUUAAGAGCGAUUUCAACCUUAAAACCACUGAUAACGAUAAAACACUCUCUCCAAACAGGAAAACCUACCACAGGGUCAGAUAAAUUCAAUGUAACAUCAUCAUAUGAACAUACAAACAUACAAACAUUUAACAUUUUAAACACAAGUCCUAGAUUGUUGACACAGAGAUGUUGAUCCAUCCUGUUUUUGAUGCCACUUUCAGUUUUUUGAUUGUAUCGAGCCAGGGCACGAAUAUAUUUGGGAUUAAUUAAAAAGAAAAUAGUGUACAUAAUACUGUGAUAUUUAAUAUUUAAUGCAGUGGCUACUAGAAACCUUAUAUUUAAUUUAUGCAACUGUUGAAUUUAUUCUUCUCACAAGUGAAACAGAAAAUUACAGGUUUUAAUGAAAUAGAAUAUUGGGACAGAAUUGUUAAAGUUGUUUAAUUCUACGCUACGUCAAAAGCAAAUGUGUAUAUAUAAAUGUUCUAUUUUGAAUACAUAUUAUAAUUUAAAUGUACAUUCAUAUAAAGUAAUACAUAUCUGAGAAAUAUUCAAAUGUGCGCCUGUAUUUAUUUUGUGUGUUAGUUCACUGUAUCACGUCUGAUUUAAAGUAAAAGGCUUUAGCAGCGCAGACGACCUGUUUGACAUGCUCUGAAAUAUCACAAAGAAUGUUUUUUUGUAAAUAUUUACCAUAAUGGACUUUUGAUUAAAUGAGUCUUUGCACUGCUGCUGUCAGCCUGAAUAACAUCAGAGUCAGGGCCACACGUCGCUGAAGCUGGAACAUGAACUUUCACUUAAGUUGGGGUUUAUGUAACAUAUAAGAGAACCGAUUAUUAAUUUAUUACUUUUUUUUUCCAAUAUCUGUCCAUCAUCAUAAUAGACGCUGAAGGUUCAUCCCGGGGCUGUAUAGACGCUCUUACCUCUGUUCACUGAGCACCUGUGUGGUUCAUGUUUGCAGAUACAAUUCUGUCUGGUCUGUUUAAAAUGUGUGAUAAAUAAACAGUUUAUUCACU